AUGGGGAAACACUCCAAAGCUGGGAGCACCCCUAAGCCCUCAGGGACACGCCAGGCAAUAGCAAGUACCUACAUGCGGCAAUGCUUAGCCGCGGCGCCGGACCUGAACUCCCAGGCGGCGUCCGAGGCCUAUACACAGUGUGAAGCCUCAACUCCUAACUCCUACUCCCCAGAGAGGGAGGAACACGCGGCAGCCCCCCCGGCAGACUGGCUCAGCCUGCUAAAGGCACUACCAACCUGGGCAGACCUGACUAACGCUACCACAGCCCUCCAAACCUCCAUCAGGGCGGACCUCCAGCUGAUGAGAGCAGACAUACAAGGUAUGGCAGACCGCAUGGCCCAAAUAGAGGCAGACCACGACACCUUAACAGCAACGCAGGCGACUCAAGCAGCAAACCAGGCACAACAAAUGACCCAAAUGCAGGUCAUGGCACGACACAUAGAAGACCUGGACAAUAGGGGCUGCAGAAAUAAUUUACGAAUACGUGGCCUACAGGAAGGGGAGGAAACUCCCACUCAACUAAUAGACCUUCUCACGAACAUCUUCAAUGGCCUCCUGAGGCGCCCCAAGGAGACACCCAUAGAGUUUGUCAGGGCCGACAGAGUGCUGAGACCCAGAGACCUGCCAGAAGCCCCCCCAUGGGACGUGAUCUGCUGCCUGGUGAUCUGUGCACUGAAGGAAGAAAUCCUACAUGAGGCCCGUAACAAAGGAAAGAUCAUACACGAAGGCCAACAACUUCAACUCUACCCAGACCUCUGCCCGGCCACACUGGGGUACCACAGAGCCUUGAAACCACUCACUAGAGCACUAGUUACCCAGAAAAUAAGAUACAGAUGGACCUUCCCAACAGGCCUGAUAGGCAACACAAGAGGCGGCCCCAGACAGAUACGCACGGCACAGGACCUACAGGAACUCUUGGAAGAACUCAAACUGCCCCCACUUAACCUGAGAUGGCCGGACCCACUGGACUACUAUAACAGCCCACCAACGCCACAAGGGGGACAGCCGCAACGCAGACACAGAACCAGGAUGGAAACCGUGAGACUGGCCGGGGCAACUCGCUAG